UUGUAAAAUGGACUCAUCAGAAAAUUCGAUUAUCAGCAAUGAACAAAAAGACGAGCUUCAUUCUAUGCCUCAACAGAUGUAUCACAACCAGAUUGGAAAAAGAGUUAUGGGAGAUGAGACCACAGGUUCCAUGGAAAGCCUAGAAAAUCCAAAUGAACCUCGUCGUCGUUCAACCAGAGACAUUAAAAAACCAAAAUUUGAUGAUGAAUUGGUAGAAAGUGUUGUACUAAAUAAACAAACAUCUAAACGACGACAUUCAAACGAAAAACAUAUUGUGACAAAUGUUAAUAAUAAUACUACAAUAAAUCCGCCUAUCAACACAUUUCCGAGCAGAAUUCCUGUUACUUGUAAUAACAACAAUAAUAAUGUUGCUACUUUAGGUGGAAAUGUUCAUUUAUUAAAUGCUCCUUCAAAUGAGAUGGAUAAAACACAUCAACAAUCAAAUAAAAAUAGAAGAAAAACAACACCAGAAGUAAAUACUUCAAUUAUUAGAAAUUUACAACCUUCUAUAGCUUUAUUAAAUCAAUGGACACCUGAAGAUGAUAUUGCUUUAAUUGCUGCUGUGACACACGUUGCUGAUCUCUGGAUUGUUUAUACUCAAAUGCGUUUUUCUCGUCGUUAUACGCUUGAACAGAUAGAAGAACGUUGGUAUGAACUUUUAUAUGAUGAAGAAUCGAGUUUAAUUGCAAAAAGAAGAAUGGAACAAAUGGAAAAACAAAAAAUUAUAUCAAUACAAGAACGAAUCCCCUUCUCUUUAUCAGAAGAAAAUUUAUUGAGACAAAUUCCUUCUUCUGCUCCACAACCCAUAAGUUCAAUUUUGUCAAAAAUUUUGGAACAAAAUAGGGACACUACUUUUCAUUAUGCUAGAACAGUUAAAAUAUUGGAAGAACAUUGGAGGGAAUUGAGGCUUUAUGGACUUUUGAAUGAUCAAAGGGCAGCAACAACAACACAGCAACAAUUAAAUAAUUUACAACAAGAUGAAGAUAAUUUUACUUUUGAUCUCUACUCAUUAGGUUCUUCAACAGAUGUUAACAACGGUCAACAACUUCCAAUGGACGUAGAAGAACGCCAAUUUACUCGAAACGCAGCAAUUUGUGAACGAGAAACAAAAGAAUGGGAAGGGGCGGCAGUUUUAGUCUCUAAUAUUAUCGGAAUUAUGCCUAGUGAACCAAUAAUGUCCCCUGAAACUGUUGGGCUUUUUUGUGGACGUUGUACAACUUUUGAUGUUCGAAAAGAGAGGGUAUUGAUUGGGAGAAGUACAAAAAGACACAAUGUUGAGGUCAAUUUAACGUUGGAAGGACCAACUUCUUAUAUUAGUAGAAAACAGGCAAUAUUUAAACUGACAGAAAAUAAUAAUUGUUUACUUCGAAAUAUUGGAAAACGACAUAUUAACGUUAAUGGAAGAGCUCUUUUACAAGGAGAAGCAAUUGAAUUAAUUAAUAAUUCAAUUAUAGUUAUUGCCCUAAUUCAUUUAAAAUUUUUAAAAAAUUUGAAUUAUCGAGGAAAAGGAGGAGGAGGGGGAAGUAGCAGCAACAGCACUAACAAUGGAGCUGUUGAGGGUGGAAGUAAUUCUAAUGUUAAAUAA